AUGGAAAACAUAGGAUCGAGUAGCGAUGCUGAUAAACAACACGAAACAAAAUCUCAUAAAGCGAUUGCGCGUGAAGUGCACAAUAUUUUAUACUCUAAGAGAACAGAUCUACAUGAUCUUGUAAUAUAUCAAUAUAUGGAUGGAAAUGCUGUGUUUGAGGAUCCACUUGUUUACGUACAAGGCCAUUCAAACAUCAUCCAACAAUUUUGUCUGCUCGCGGCCGUAUUUCCUGGUAUAACUCCGGAAGUGCACAGUGUCACGGAAUGUGCCACGGCUGGUAAUCACCAUCUUGUCAUAAUCGAUGCGAUAAUAAAAUAUCGACUCCCAAUAAGACUCUUAUUCUUUUUACGUCAAGAACUGGAGUUACGCACCAUCUCUCGUUUCGAGUUCAACGAACAGAAAAAAAUUGUGAGACACGAAGAUGUUUGGAGCAUGAAAGAUCUUGUCGAGAAUUUACCAUUGAUUGGUUGGCUUUAUGCGGAAGUUAUUAGGAAGUCUACGGGAUAUCUGUCGAGUCAAUUCGUGGCUGGGGUUAAAGAGGUUGCUAGGAAAUGGAAUGAAUGGGAUCCAUAA